AUGACAUUAGGACUUGUCCCCAGUUGUAACGGAGAGUCACUGCUGCUGGGUCAGGAGAUGGAUCUAGAAGCUGUAAACUCCAUGAGCUAUGAGCAAUUUCUGGAUAUUUUUGGAAAUAUCAUAGAGAAGUGUCCGAUUAUCACGGCGGCGGUGUGGUCCAGGCGGCCAUAUUCAGCCUUCUCUGAGGUGGAGGACGGGGUUUAUGAAUUUAUUGAAGCCCUGCCGAAAUCAGGAAAAGAAGGCAUCUUGAGGUGUCACCCGGACCUGGCUGGCAGAGAAUUGACAAGUGGAGCAUUAACAAUGGAGUCGCAACAGGAGCAGAGACAAGCUGGGCUCACAUCCCUAACGUCCGGGGAACGGGAGAGGAUGACUCUUCUGAACGCUCGGUACAAGGAGAAGUUCGGGUUUCCCUUCGUCAUCUGUGCAAAAUUGUCCGACAAGCAUAAAAUAAUGGAGGAACUGACCGCUCGCCUUCAUAAUGACCCGUCUGCCGAACUUCUCAAGGGCAUCGAAGAAGUUAAAAAGAUUUGUCACUUGAGACUGCAAGAUAUAUUAUGUAGGGGUUCUCUGGUGCCCACAAAACUGUAACUAUCAAAAGUUGUGACAUUUUCAAUGUGUCACAGAAUUUGACAUUUGUAAUGACAGAAUUUUUGGAAAAUUGUGUGUGUGCAUUUUUUUUAUAUACCUUUAUUUUUUCAUUUUAAGUGUACCUGUCGUCAACAAAAACUU